UUUGCCAGCAGUCGUCGUCGCCAAAAGAGCGCCAUGUGGUCGCGCAGCAGCAGUUCUAAGAGGCAGGUCACCACCAACGAUGGUGACCCCGAAAGGGUUUUAGCGCAGGUCCAGGAGCUGAGCGACUGGCUUUUGGCCAAUCCGCACAUCAACGGGUGCAACACCUUCGAGAACCUGCACUUCUUUCUCAGAACCUCAAAAUUUGAUGUGGAGCGGACAAAGAAGAAGCUGAAGACCUUCUACCAAAUGCGAGCGGAACGCACCGAGUGGUUCGAUAAUCGCGAUCCUAAAUUACCCGAAAUCCAGGAGCUACUCAAUCUGGGAGUAUUCCUACCCAUCGGUGCGGAUGCGGAACAAAGGAUGGUGGUGGUGAUCCGGACAGCGGCCCACGAUCCCAAGCUCCAUAGCCAGAACAAUGUGUUUAAGACCAGCAAAAUGAUAUUGGACCUGCUGCUUAAGCUUGAACCCGAGACUUGUGCCCGCGGAAUGGUGGCGAUUCUGGACAUGCAAGGCGUCCAACUGGGUCAUGCCCUUCAAAUGAAUCCCAAGCUUAUCAAGAGGUCUGUGGAGAGUUGGACCGCCUAUCCAUGCCAGCCCAAGUUACUGGAGUUUACCAACGCCCCGCGCCAUGUUAACUUCUUUCUGAAUACCUUCAGAAUAUUCAUGACGCCCAAGAUAAGAUCAAGACUUUUCGUGCGACGCGAGGGAACCUCUGUUAUCUGUGAUCAAUUGCCCAAGGAGCUAGGCGGCCAAGGACUCGGCUAUAAGGAACUCAGUCUGAAGUGGAAACAGUUGGUCGAGGAGAAUGCCAAUUUCUAUUUAGAGCAAGACAAAUACAAAAGCCAGCUCAAGUGAUUGGGGUUAGUGUGGCGACAGUGAUAACAAGGCGAUUAGCCGAAUGCUAUAGAUUAGUCGCAAACAUUUACAAUGCGCAAAUGCACACAGGCGCAUAUCAGUUUUGUCAUAUUUUAUGGAAGGGUACUAUAAAUACCACACAAUUCCCAACUAAACUGCAAUUAAAUAGUAUAAGCCUUUUCAAAAGGCGUAUUUUUAUCAUGUUAAUCUUUUUGUUUUUUUUUUUUU